AUGAAAGGACAGGCGUUUGUCUCAUUCAAAGACCCAGCCAGUGCAACCGAGGCAGUUUCAAGUCUUCAGGGAUUCCCUUUCUACGACAAACCCCUUGUACCCCUCUUUAAAUAUCCUCAGAAAAUAGCAUUCGCCAAAUCUGAGUCAGACGUGAUCAGUCAAAUGAACGGAACAUAUGUCAAACCAGAGAAACGGCCUUUGACUGAAUACAACAUGCCUGCCAACAAACGAAAUAAGGUCUUUGGAACAGGGUUAUUUGACAUAAUCAAAUUUAGUGGUCCCGGGGUCACAAAUUUGCAAAAUCAGGGAGGUUUGGGGUUGUUUUAUGGACUUUUAGAUGAUUUGAAGACCUCUUUGAACGACAGUAAUCAGCCUCCCAACAACAUUUUAUUCCUAAAUGGGCUACCUAAAGAACUGAGUGAUGAAGAAUUGAUAAACCUGUUCCAGAGGUUCUGUAUUAAUGCAUUUUCAUAUGAUUUCUUGAAACAAUUUGUAAUUGUCAAUUCCGAUGCUUCUAACCAAGUUGAUUUAUGA